GUCUGUGGCUGUGCAAAGGUAGAAUUUUGUUUGCGGGUUUUUUCCUUUUCCACUGAAUAUUGUGUGCAGUGUGCAGUGUGCUCGACAUUUGACCGACUCCAUUCGAUUCGAUACGAUUUCGAUUUCGAUUCCGUUUCCGAUCGCGGUGUAACCAUCCAUCUACCUUCAUGGAAACCUUUGGAUUGCCCACGAUUUAACCCGACGGACGCCACACCACACGCCAGCAGUACAGUGGAUCGAUUGUACAUAAUACGAAUAACGGAAACGGAUACACGAGUGUACACACGAUAAGCAAAUAGAAACUUUAAAAAUACGAUUACGAUAUCUACUCGUAAAGACUCGCAGUUGCCUUACCCAGUGCCAAAAAUCAAUUUUAAAUAAAUUACUUAGUGAUUGUACCUGUCAGCAGUAACAGAACAAAACAAAAACAAAAUCCACAAAGAAAGGAAAACAAAUCUACGCAUAUGCAUUCUAUUUAAAUCAAAGCACUCUACUACCGUUAAAUUCAAUUAAAAUGCAUAUUUUACAUCGCACAAACGAACAUCAAUUCGAGGAUCAAAAGUUUAUGAUGGAGCGCCUUAGUGGACAUGGGAGUCUAGGAUUGUCCAGCAGCAGUGCGGCAUACACGACCCAUUCCGGCGGACACACGGGCCGAAGCGGUCCGGCCACGGGUCACAGUGGACACAGUGGUACUCAUGGGUCAGCAGCCACCAUGCAUCAUCAAUCACUUCAGUCUGAUUUCCAGCCUCCGUACUUUCCGCCACCGUUCCACCACUCGACGCAAAGCCCGCCGCAGCAACAGAUAUCUGAGUACUUGCAGAACCACGGUGCCCUCGAGUAUCUGGGCACGGAUCCGUAUGGUCAGCCCCUGUCUUCGUUACACCAUGCCCCGCUCCAUCACUACAAUCAGUUGGCGGGCCUGAGGUCGACGCAGGAUCAACUCGGGAUUCACAGAACCCACAGGGAGGCGGAGCUGCAGGGACAUGUUUCCCAGCUGGCUCAUGGAUUUCCGUACACAGACAGAAGAGGCGACUACAGCAGUGCAAUAUCGGCAGGAGCAGCGCAUGGCACCCGGCUCGGCCAUGAACAUGAGUCCCUGGCCCUGCAUCAGGCGCUGCAAAAUGCUGUCGAUGAUGUACAAGCACCUGCCAUAGAUGACAACGUAGCCUUCAUGUCAGACCUUCCACUUAUCAAAAGCAUGAAAAGCGGCAAAGAUGCAGGGAACAUUGGCUCGGGUUCCCCCAGUGAGGUAUUCUGUGCAGUUCCUGGUCGCCUUAGUCUCCUAUCGAGCACGUCGAAAUAUAAGGUCACCAUUGCGGAAGUGCAGCGAAGACUGUCGCCACCCGAGUGCUUGAACGCCUCCUUGCUGGGCGGAGUUCUCAGAAGGGCCAAGAGCAAGAACGGCGGUCGUUUGCUAAGGGAGAAGCUGGAGAAGAUUGGCUUGAAUCUGCCAGCGGGCAGGCGAAAAGCGGCGAACGUCACACUGCUGACAUCUUUGGUGGAGGGCGAGGCAACACACUUGGCCAAGGAUUUUCACUUUGUUUGCGAGACGGAGUUCCCGGCCAGGCAGUUGGCCGAGUACAUUGUGCGUCAUCAAACAGAGCCCAAUGAUUCGUAUAGACGAAAAGAGCUCAUCCUACACUCCCAGCAGAUUACAAAAGAAUUAAUGCAGAUUCUCAGCCAAGAUCGAACGACUCAUUUUGGCACAAGAUCACAGCAUUUGCUGGAGCCGUCGAUGCAGCGACAUUUGACACAUUUCUCCCUGAUUACGCACGGCUUUGGUUCUCCCGCAAUAAUGGCCGUUCUCCACGCUUUCCAGACAUUUUUGAAUGAAUCAUUAAACUAUUUAGAAAAGUUAUAUCCAUCGAAUGGCGGUGGUAUGGUGUCGUCAUCAUUGGACAAAAGUAAAAUGGACAACGAAAAAAAAUGAUAGGCCUAGGUGUAUAUUGCCACAGAUAAAAACAAGCAAAUAGUAUUUUAAGUAUACUUUCGAUAGUACGGUACGUUAGAUACGUCAACCAUAAAAUAAUAGUAUACAUACCUGUAAAUUAAUUUAUUUAGCUAAGGUGUAAAUUAUUUAAUUUUUGUAUAUCUUUAUCUGUAACUUGAAUGUACAAUAUUCAAACACCCCCUAUAAUAUACAAACAUCUAAUUUAUUUAACUUAGAAAAAUGCAUCGACUCUUUACAACUAUUACAAACGAGAUG